UUUAUUAUUAACCAGUUUUGAAGCGACUGCAGGCCGGGCGCAGUCCACGGUCGAACCCACAACUCGCGAACGCUCUCAACUCGGACAUUCCGACUUCAAAACUUCAAUUAAAACCACAAUUACUAUAAAAAAUGCUUCUACAAAUCGACGCACAAUUAAACCAACAUAAUAGUAAAACGAAUAAAACAAAAAUCUUGUUGAACACAAAUCGAAACUAAAUAAAUCUUUGAUUUUUUACUACAAGCACAAACUUUAACAUGGAAAAUAUCUACAAGAUAAAAAUCCGUACCAAUCCGGAUCCCACAGGAUUGUAUCCAUCUGAGAGAAGAUAUUCUGCAUCUACAGUUCUUGGUUUAAGUGUCGUACACAUCGCACUAGCUAUUACAGCGCUUUUAAUGGCGAUGUUAAGCAUAUCCAAUUAUCAUAUUCAUCAUGGUAGUCAUAACACUACUCUAAGUACAAUUCAAAAUGAAGAAUCAACAAGUUUUAAUACUUCUAUGGAACUAGAGCAAGCAGAAGUGGAUCUAACCAUGAAUGCAACUAGAGAAAUACAAUUUUUAUCACUAACACAUCGCAACUGUGCAUUGGCGCCAUGUUUAAUGUCACUGGGAGCAUUCCUCGCAGGAAUCUUCGGUUUAUUAGCCUGGAAGCGAUGGUACAUCGAUCACAACAUCCGAUGGUUCUUCCUGGCUACUCUAACAUCAACUAUACUCUCUUCAAUAUGUGUAUUCGUCAUGAUCAUCACCCUCAUUGCUGAAUAUGAGAAAUACUCGGAUUUGCCAAACUUUGAGUUUGAUUUUCGAGUAAACAAUAGCAAUACCAACAAAUUGUCUGAUGAUAGUAAACUGCCAAACAUUAAAUUUGUUCUUUCAUUGAAUAUAAUGAUCGCUUGUUUACUGGAGAUGAUUUGGUCUGGUCUCAGUGCAAGAGUAGCAUUCGCCGGAAUGCGCAACUCCUAUCCGGAUGAUAUAAUUAUCUCGAAGAGCAGAGGUAAAAUUGAAGUCAACACAGUUCACAAGGGCAAUAAAAAAGCGCCACCACCAGUAGUGCCACCAGAUAUUUUAAAUCACUUUCCAAACAGUUCAAAACUAGCAAAAUAUUUACCCAAGACUGAAGACGGUGGCAAUCUGCCGAAGACCGAGAGUAAUUCCGAGUAUCAAGAAAGGGUGCGCAAGUUCCUCUCCGGGAGUAAUGAAAAUAAAAGUGAGAAAUGUGUCGAACAUAAUGUCGAUUAAAAUCAUAAGGAAGUGUGUUAAAAACGGUCGCAAAGUGAUAGUCCCCGCAUUUUCAAUGCAGCAUUUCCUUGUUAUAAAUUAUUCUCGGCGGCGCCGUGCGUGCAGUGAAAUUGAACGCCGAAUCACAAAAACAUCAUGUUGUCGUCGUGUGCGCAGAGCACGUUAAGUUAAAAGUGAAAGAAACCACAUGGGUAAUAAUAAUUUAUGAUUUUAAUUUAAAUUGUAAAUACUGACUAUAAAUAGUGUGUAAACUAGUUUUGUACAAAAUUGUAAACUGUUUCUCAGUCAUAAAUCACAAACAACGAAGGGCGACAAAACGGUCGCCUGCCAUUUUGAAUAAUUCUAGAUUUUAUAAUAUGGAUUGUCACGUAAAAUUGUAAACAUCAUAAAAGCUAUAGUAUUUGAUAUAAAAUUAUAAGUUCAAAACACUAA